AAAAUAUAUUAGUUUCUAUUCAGAGGAAGAGCAUUUUCACCAGAGGUGAUCCUUACAAGAAUCCCUGCUAACGCAAAAUCGUCGGUUCUCAGAAGAACCUACAGCUAGAGGGCCAAGCUAUGGUGUUCAACUUCACGACUUCUUAACGCUCGGAAGAGGAGACGUCAAAAGCCAUGUGCAUCGCCGUGUUCCUCUGGCAGGCUCACCCCCUCUACCCAUUCUUCCUCCUGCACAACCGAGACGAACACCGCAGUCGACCGACGGAGCCAGUGGCGUGGUGGGACAAUGGCGAAAUACUCGGGGGUAGAGAUGGUCUUGCCGGUGGGACGUGGCUGGCUUGUUCGAGGAACGGCAAGAUCGCGUUCGUCACCAACGUCAGAGAAGUCGGCAACGUCGCCGAGCCCAAGAGCAGAGGGGAGUUGCCGGUUCGUUUCUUGGAGAGCAAGAAGAAUCCCGCUGACUUCGCAAAAGAGGUUGUGAUGGAGGCACAUCGAUAUAAUGGAUUUAACCUGAUCCUAGUGGAUCUAUCUUCCAAAUCCAUGAUCUAUGUGACCAAUAGAUCAAAAGAUGGUGAUGUUCUUGUCUCAGAGGUUCCUCCCGGGAUCCAUGUGCUAUCAACUGCAAGUCUAGACACACCUUGGCCUAAGGCUGUUCGAUUGAGGAGUAAUUUCGAAAAGUUUUUGGAGAAACAUGGUGGUAGUGAACUUCCAGCUGAAGAGAUGGCGAACAAACUGAUGACGGACACGACAAAGGCCGAUAAAACAAAGCUUUCCGGCAUUUCUGUAGAUUUUGAGCAUUCACUCAGUUCAAUCUUUGUUGAGGCAAACACCGAGCAGGGACGUUAUGGCACAAGAAGCAUAUCUGCAAUAUCUGUGCAGAUAAGCGGGGAAGUUGCCUUUUACGAGAAGUACCUCAAGGAGGAGAGUUGGAUAGAGCACACGGCAAGUUACAUGGUGGAGCAGACGGGUACCGGCUGAGUGAUUUCUUGCCUUCGCUUUUCUCAUGUGUACUAUCUCCGUGAGUCGUUCUCCUCCUCAGCACUCGUGAUGAAGCCGAUACAAAGGAGAUGGAUUUCACGACAAUGUACGAUAGGAUGUAAACCCCCCACAGCAAGGGCAAUGUCGUUGUGGCCUGACUCAGCGGGAUGAAACUGAAAGUAGAAGAAAAGACUCUGCUUAAGCUUUUCCAUCUUGAAGAGCUACGAUUGAUAAUAUAUAGACUUUUUGGCUUGAGUGGACGAGAAGAGCCAUUCAAAUUUCGAGUAGGGCAACUUAUUUUCUAAUUUUAUCUUUUCCGUGUCAAUAUUUAUUAACCUAUUGAUUCUAAGA